AUGGAAGACUCAGAAAUUGUGUUCUCUCACUUCAGCAAAAUCAAAGAGUAUGCUGAAUUUCUACACUGCAAAGGGAGGAAGUUUACUGAUUUUGAUGAAGUUCGCCAGGAAAUUGAAGUAGAAACAGAUAGAAUAACAGGAGUGAACAAAGGCAUUUCUUCAAUUCCUAUUAAUUUAAGAAUAUAUUCUCCACAUGUAUUAAGCCUGACUCUCAUUGAUUUGCCGGGAAUCACUAAAGUGCCAGUAGGGGAUCAGCCUCCAGAUAUUGAGCAGCAGAUCAGAGACAUGAUAAUGCAGUUCAUCUCUCGAGAAAACUGUCUGAUACUGGCUGUGACUCCAGCUAACACCGAUCUGGCCAACUCGGAUGCACUGAAGUUAGCUAAGGAAGUGGACCCUCAAGGCCUUCGAACCAUUGGUGUGAUCACAAAAUUGGAUCUGAUGGAUGAAGGAACAGAUGCAAGAGAAAUUCUAGAAAACAAACUACUUCCUCUUCGUAGAGGUUAUAUUGGUGUUGUAAACAGAAGCCAGAAAGACAUUGAUGGGAAGAAGGACAUAAAGGCAGCUCUUCUAGCAGAAAGGAAAUUCUUUCUUUCCCACCCAGCAUACAGGCACAUGGCAGAUCGCAUGGGAACACCGUAUCUCCAAAAAGUUCUAAACCAGCAACUUACCAAUCAUAUUCGGGAUACCCUGCCAGCCUUCAGAAGUAAACUCCAGGGCCAGCUGCUUUCUAUAGAACAUGAAGUAGAGGUAUACAAAAACUUCAGACCAGAAGAUCCAACCAGAAAAACAAAAGCCCUGUUGCAGAUGGUACAACAGUUUUCAGUGGACUUUGAGAAAAGAAUCGAAGGAUCAGGAGAUCAGGUUGAUACACUAGAACUUUCAGGAGGUGCCAAGAUCAAUCGUAUUUUCCAUGAACGUUUUCCUUUUGAACUAGUGAAGAUGGAAUUCAACGAGAAGGAACUCCGAAGAGAAAUAAGUUAUGCCAUCAAGAACAUACAUGGUAUCAGAACAGGUUUGUUUACUCCAGAUAUGGCGUUUGAAGCCAUUGUUAAAAAACAGAUAGUCAAGCUGAAAGGACCUUGCUUAAAAAGUGUGGAUCUGGUGAUGCAAGAGCUAAUCAACACUGUCAAGAAGUGCACUAAAAAGUUGGCGACAUAUCCAAGGUUGUGUGAGGAAACAGAAAGAAUUGUUGCUGGCUAUAUUCGUGAAAGAGAAGAGAAGACCAAGGAUCAGGUGCUGCUGCUGAUUGAUAUCCAGGUUUCUUACAUCAACACCAACCAUGAAGACUUCAUUGGCUUUGCAAAUGCCCAGCAAAGAAGCAGUCAGGUUAACAAAAGUGCAGUGGGAAAUCAGGGAACCAAUCUACCGCCUUCAAGGCAAAUUGUCAUCCGGAAAGGCUGGCUGACCAUCAACAACAUUGGCAUCAUGAAAGGAGGAUCCAAGGAAUACUGGUUCGUUCUAACUGCAGAAAGCUUGUCCUGGUAUAAAGAUGAUGAG